AUGUAUCUGGAUGUUCAGUACAGAGCAUUGACGCGCGGCACAGUGCUCCAUGAGUUUGGACAUCUCCUUGCUUUCAACCAUGAACAUCAGUCUCCUAAAUCAAUCAUUCAAUGGAACAAGACGGCUGUCGCAAUGGAACUCCGACACAGAACGUCCCGCUUUCUGGAAGACAACUACUUCCACACCUUUCAAGGCCCUGAUAUUGAAUGUACAGCUUUUGAUCCCAACAACAUCAUGAUGUACGGUAUUCCUGCGAGGUGGACGCUGAAUUGGCAGACGUACCACAAGCCUACUGUUCUUUCCCAAUUGGACAAAUCUUUCGCCGCUCAACAGUACCCAUUCCCACCACCUCGCCAACCAACACCACCACCACAGCAAGUAGCACUACCUCGCGUAUUGGAAGUGGCUUGCCAUUGCGGAGACACGCUCAGCCAACCGUAUAACUUUCGUCAGCGCAGGGUUUGCCGAUGUCAACAAUCGGUCAAGGCCUGA